GCCAUAACAGGCGCCAACAGCUGCUUCAAUUCUCAGGGAGUUGCUCGCAAUCGAGAGUCAAUUAAUAAAUUAAAAGUGAUGUGUAAAAGAUAGUCACCGCUGCAAGGCCAUAAAUGAGUUGUAACUUUGCCAGAUUCUCGCGACAGGCAGCUAUCAAUAUGUACAAACAGACGUGCACCAAUCUCCUGGAAUUGUCCUCCGCCAAGGUGACCGAGUGGAUAUCAAGCUUCGACAGUGUAAUAACCGACUGCGAUGGUGUUCUUUGGAUCUAUGGCCAGGCACUGGAGGGUUCGGUGGACGUGAUGAACCAGUUCAAGGCUAUGGGAAAGUCCAUUUACUUUUGCACCAACAACUCGACGAAGACCCGGCCGGAACUUCUCAAGAAAGGCGUCGAGCUGGGCUUUCACAUCAAGGAGAAUGGCAUUAUAUCGACGGCCCAUGCCACAGCUGCGUAUCUGAAACGCCGGAACUUUAGCAAGCGGGUAUUCGUGAUCGGCAGCGAGGGAAUCACCAAGGAGCUGGACGCCGUGGGCAUUGAGCACACUGAGGUGGGUCCGGAACCCAUGAAGGGAUCGCUGGCCGAGUUCAUGGCGCAGCAUUUAAAACUGGACACGGACAUCGGAGCCGUGGUUGUUGGCUUCGACGAGCACUUCAGUUUCCCCAAGAUGAUGAAGGCCGCUUCGUACCUGAACGACCCUGAGUGUCUGUUCGUGGCUACUAAUACGGAUGAGCGUUUCCCCAUGCCCAAUAUGAUAGUGCCCGGCAGCGGGAGCUUCGUGCGGGCUAUUCAAACCUGUGCGGAGCGGGAUCCAAUAGUGAUCGGAAAGCCCAAUCCUGCCAUUUGCGAAUCUCUGGUCAGAGAGAAGAAGAUCGAUCCAUCGAGAACUCUGAUGAUCGGAGACCGAGCCAAUACGGACAUACUUCUUGGCUACAAUUGCGGAUUUCAGACCCUGCUCGUGGGCUCAGGAAUCCAUCAGCUGAAGGACGUAGAGCGUUGGAAGCUCAGCAAGGAUCCCGAGGAGAAGAAGCUCAUACCAGACGUAUACCUGCCCAAGUUGGGAGAUCUUUUGCCAUCGAUCGUGAACAGUCUGGCGGUCUUGAAAUGAAUUAGUAAUCAGUAAAUAGUAAAUAGUACGGACAUGUGUUUGUAUAGAUGUUACAUUUAACGGCAAUAGACAGGACAGUUUUAAAUAUUUAACGCAAAUUUAUAGUACAAUUUAUACCACAGAACAAAGAAUAUUUAAAUAAAUUCAGAAGCAUUUUGUGAGACGGAUGACUUAA